AUCCGUCAUGGCGGCAAAAAGGAAGUAUACCGACGAUGAUGAUAAUGAAUCGUUUGUAAAUAGUGAAAAAAUUAGCGUUCCUUCUCAUAUUCGUAAUCAGCAAAAGCGACUUAUAAUAAUAUUAGAAAAAGCAAAUUUAGAGACAGUCAAGGUUGGGAAGAAUUUUGAGCUUUUGAAUUGUGAUGACCAUCAAUCACAAAUGAAGAAAUACAAUAAAAACCCAGGACAGUGUCGUCCAGACAUUGUACACCAGUGUUUACUGAUGCUAUUUGACAGUCCAUUGAAUCGAGCAGGAUUCCUACAAGUGUAUGUCCAUACAGACAAAAAUGUUCUUAUUGAAAUAAACCCACAGACUAGGAUACCUAGAACAUUUAAACGAUUUGCCGGACUGAUAGUACAACUUCUACACAAACUGAGCAUUCAUGCGGCUGAUGGGCCUCAAAAGCUACUCAAAGUUAUUAAAAACCCUAUAACACAACAUUUGCCUGUAGGAUGCAAGAAACUAGUAACUUCAUAUCAUGCCAAUAAGCUUGUAAAUCCAAGAGAACUAGCUCCACCUAGUGAACCUGUUGUCAUAGUUGUUGGAGCGAUGGCCCAUGGAUCAGUUGAUGUUGAUUAUACAGAAGACACAAUUGCCAUCAGUGAAUACCCACUAUCAGCUGCUCUGACCUGCUCAAAAUUGUGUACAGGAUUUGAAGAAGCUUGGGGCAUCCACUAGCAUCGCUAAGCCUUUUUCCACGUUAUACUUGUUUAGUUUAUAAUUUCAAAAACUUGUUCAUGUAAAUCUUGAAUGUGUGAAUAUAUAAAAGAGGAUUUUUCUCAAAAAAAUCAAAUAUA